CCGGGAACACGUUUUGAGCCUCCGCACUUCCUGACAUGGGCUUAUUUUAUCAUACGUGUUCUGUGUCUUUCUUGGCUGCUUGCAGGUUUCACUGGAAACACCAGCCUCCGUGAUGCCCAUCUGAUGUGGUAGGGAAGAGGAAGAGGAGGAGGAAGACAAGGAUGAGGUUGGAGCGGUCCCUGCCUCUCCUGGCACUGCUGCUCUGUGCGGUGCGCAUCGCAGCUCAGCAGGACGAUACCGAUACCGAAGUACAGGAGGAAUUCCUGGUGGAGAUCUCAGGAACCACAGUGACAAUCACAUGUCCCCUGUCUGAAGAGAGCAACAUAGCCUGGGAAAUAACUGGGACAAAACCAAGCAGCAGGGACAGGAAGUACGUCAUCGAGAAUCACGACAGCUCCCCUGCCAACGUGAGCUGUGCCUCAGGUGGCAAGAAGCAUGAGAUGUACCUGAACGUCAGAGUGUGCGCAAACUGCCAGGAGCUGGAUGCCCUGGCAGUGACAGGGAUCGUCACUGCAGAUCUUCUCAUCACCUUCGGGGUCCUGAUCCUGGUCUAUUACUUCAGCAAAGACAGGAAGGGGAAAGCGAGCGCUAGCGCUGGCGGUCGCCCACGAGCCCAGAAGAUGCAGCGUCCUCCCCCAGUUCCAAACCCGGACUAUGAGCCCAUCCGGAAAGGCCAGCGGGAAGUGUACGCAGGCCUGGAGCCCAGGGGCUUCUGACGUUCCCACGGAUGACGGGCUGGCGAGGAGCAGCAGAGGGUCCAUGUGCUUCUUCCCAGCUCGGUUCCAGUUCUCUCCAGGCUUGCUGAGGCCCAGGCAUUCUGUCGUACACCAGGCAGCUGCCCAGGACAGGCACCCUGAUGUGUUCCUUCAGCUUGACGUUAGGGAAAAGAAACAAAUGAGCACAUUGGCAACGGAAGUUAUCCUUCUCAUUAAAGACCUGCAGCCUCA